AUGGGCUGAGGGGUAUUGGUGGAUCUUUUCCUGACUGCUAGGGAGUGUCCCCGCACUCCCCUCCUGGUUUGGGCGAGCCUGCCUCAGUGAGAGACGAAGCUGGAGUUUUAAUGGAGCGAGGAGGACUGUGAGGAGGACUCAAGCUCGUUUGCCUCAGAUAGGGACUUGUUCCUCCUUGCUUCACUGUAGCCAUUCAGUCAUGGCCAGCAAGAGGAAAUCCACCACCCCUUGCAUGAUACCAGCCAAAAACCCGGCCUCGCGCGAUGCCGAAACUGAUGCCAACGCAGAGUACGACGACCGCGAUUCCUCCCCGCAAGAGGAGGAGGUGAAGGCCGGCGAGGAGGCGUUGAACUACAGUGAGGGGUCGGAGCGCGGGGGCUUUGAGUGCAAAUACUGUGACUUUGUCGGCCAGGAUUAUCGCUCGUACACGGUGCACAUGGAGUCGGAGCACUCUGACGCCAGCGUGGACCAGCUGUACGUCUGCGUCGAGUGCAACUUCAGCACAAAGAGCCAGGAGUCCCUGACGCUGCACAACACCCUGAGCCACCCCGACGAGACCAACCUCAAGGUCAGCGUCAUCAAGCGCAACUGCCAGAUGGUGGUGGAGCAGAGCAUCUCGGAGACCAAAGGCAGCCUCGACGAGCGGGAGAACGGGGAGGAGGAGGAGGCGGAAACGGGCAUGGGCUCACGCUCGGGAACGGGGACGGGAAUGGGAACGGGCCCGCCCUCGGAGAUCUCCAUCAGCAAGACGCCCAUCAUGAAGAUGCUGAAGGCCAAACCGGAAGCCAAGCGCAUCACCGUGUCUCACGCCGGGCGGGAGGAGCUGAGCGAGGAGACGGGCUCGGCCGACGACGACGGCAAGAAAUCCGAGGCUGCCGAGGCGCUGGAGGACCAGACUGCCAACGGGUUAACCAGCGCCUCCCAGCCCAUCAACGGCACCGCCGUGGCAAACCUGCCGGUCAUCCAGCAGGCAGCCUCCCGCACCAAGUCGAGCUCCUUACCCAAAGUGAUGAUCCCACUGAGCAGCAUCCCCACCUACAAUGCAGCCAUGGACUUGAACAGCUUCCUCAACAAUUCCUUCAACAAGUUCCCCUACCCCACCAAGGCCGAGCUGUGCUGGCUGACCGUGGUGACCAAGUACCCGGAGGAGCAGCUGAAGAUCUGGUUCACGGCCCAGCGGCUGAAGCAUGGCAUCAGCUGGACCCCGGAGGAGAUCGACGACGCCCGCAAGAAGAUGUUCAACACCAUCAUCCAGACCGUCCCGCAGCAGACCCUCACUGUGUUGCCCUCCCACUUCAAGACCUCCAAUGGUGGCCAGCAGGUCUUCCAGACCAACUUACCCUGUCAGGUGACCACUCGGGGAGGCAACUUCGUGGUCUCCCAGCCUCGCCUGGUGAAGGGCGUGUCCAUGAGCGGUGCCCCCGUUGCCCUCAGUGUGGCCACGAACUCCAAGAAUCAAAACAUCGCCAAGUUCCACCUGCAAACACUCAGCGAUUCCGGCCUGAAACUGGUCAACGCCGGCUCGGUCUUAAGGCCCGCCAUGUCGGUCACUUCGACCACCCUCUCCGCCUACAUCUCCGACCUGGGCACGUACAAGUACAAAAAGACCAAAGAGCAGUUGGCGGUGCUGAAGGACAGCUUCCAGAGAGCCCAGUUCCCAGAGCACAACGAGGUGGACCGGCUGAUGAAACUGACCGGCCUGCGGGGCAAAGAGAUCCGCAAGUGGUUCAGCGACCGCAGGUACAACUACAAGAAUCUGAAGUGCCACCAGUCCUACGACCCGAGUUGUUUCAACACCACGGUGAUCGACUCGGCCCUGGAGGACCUUCCGGCCCCUCACUCCUCGGCCUCGCAUCAGCCGCGGAGACAGUGGCAGCAUACCACCAUCGACUUCACCCCCCCCAAGUUCCGGGGGAAAUCGGCCGAGCAGCUCAGCACCCUGGAGCACAGCUUCACCCGAAACACCUUCCCGUCCGAGCAGGAGGUGGACAAGCUGCGGGUGGAAACCAAAAUGACCCGGAGGGAGAUCGACCUGUGGUUCGCCGAGCGGAGGAAGGUGAAGCCGGAAGAACGAGUGGCUUUCAAGCGGCGCCUGGAGGCAGCGGAGGCCAAGGAGGACGGGGAUUCCGGGGAGGAGGAGGACGACUCGGACGGAGAGGGCACGCCAAGCGACAGCAGUUCCGUGGACAUCAAAAGCAUCCGCCGGCCUCCGGACCAGCUCAAGGUCAGCCCCUUGAAGAUCUGCCUGAAACGCGGCAACAAUAUGUGCGUCCAGCCCAAGAUGAGCCAAGCCAACAAGACAUCAGCCUCUCGGGCCAACGCGCUGACCGGGUCGCCGAUCGGCUCCAAGUACCGAGGGCAAGGCAAGAAGACCACCCGCCAGCUCCACCUGAUGAAGCUGCUGUUCGUGCGCACGCACUGGCCAACCGUCAAGGAAUACGACGAGCUGGCCAUCAAGACGGGUCUGGCCAGGACCGAGGUGGUCCGCUGGUUCGGAGACGCGAGGUACGGGUACAAAAACGGUCAGCUCAAGUGGUACGACGAUUACGCCAAAGGCAUGUACUCGCUGCGCUCCAGCUACAACAAUACCACGGGCGACGUGUCGACGGGUAGCCACCCAGGCCGGCACUCGAUGUUCAAGAAGAGCGGGAAGAGCGUCCUCCUGGAAUACUACGGUCAGCACAAGCUGCUGCACGAGGAGGACCUGGACGGGCUGUGCGAGAAAUCGCGAAUGAGCUACGAGCAGGUCAGAGACUGGUUCGCGGAGAAACAAACCGAGGAUGCCAUCAACAUGUCGGACUUCAGCAACGAAGAUCAGAACUCGGCCAACGGGGAGAGCGAGCGGAUGGAUGCGUACAAGGGACGGGCCGGUCAAGCCUUCGGGAUGGAAGAUGUCUUCUCGGACGUGACGGACAACAGCGACACUUGGGACAUCCGGUCACGCGACGGAAACAUAGAACUGAAUGAGUUUGAUGCUGAGAAUGUUUCUGAAGCAGAAUGAUGGCAAAUGGGCAGCUUAUAACACAGCAAAGGAAUGAAACUCCGGUUUAUAUCCCGCAGAAGAAAGCAACCGACUAUUCUAGGCCGCCACAGCCUUUUUAGCUGCUGCCUCUGACCAGGUGCCGGGCUGGGCUGGAACAAAGGACUGCAGCCUUGGGUUCAAAUUCUCUCGUGUUGUGUGUGAGUGUGUGUGUCUGUGAGUGCGCAAGCGUGUGUGCGUGCGUGUGUGUGUUCCUGGCACCGUUUUUUUUUACAUAGACUGUGACGUUGACGGGGAGGAUGAGGGAUGCUGAGAUUUUACUUUCCCUCAAAGUGCCAGGGAAUGGAUACCUUCUGUUGAAGAAGCUUUGUGUAAAUAAUACAGGACGAAGGAGAGCGAGAUACGAAUGUCGGGCAGAUCCGAAUCCAGAUGAUGGCGAUGAUGGUGGUGAUGAAAAUGAUGAA